AUGAGUCGCAGUCGCAGAUCCUCACCUACUCAUCGCUCUGUGUUUAGACCAUGUAUCGAUCUGCAUGACGGUCAUGUAAAGCAAAUAGUUGGAGGGACUCUGAGCAACAACCCAGAAGAGCUCAGGACAAACUUUGUUGCAACCGACUCUGCAGCAAGCUUUGCUCGUCUUUACAGAAUGAAUCAACUGGAGGGUGGUCAUGUUGUCAAAUUAGGCCCCGGGAAUGACUCUGCAGCUAAAGAGGCGCUCGCGGCAUGGCGAGGUGGAUUACAGAUAGGGGGAGGAAUCACUGAGGCCAACGCACAAGAGUGGCUCGACGCUGGCGCAUCGAAGGUAAAUUUCACCCCGUUCCGUGCGGACCGCACCCUUAUCCUUUCCCCACCUGUACAACAGAUUAUUGUCACUUCCUACCUCUUCCCUAACGCGCGGUUCUCGCUCCCACGGCUGCAAUCGCUCUGCCGUCUUGUCGGCCGAGAGAGGCUAGUCGUGGACGUGAGAAAAUCCGGUGACAAAUGGGUGGUUGCAAUGAACAAAUGGCAAGAUCUCACGGACAUGGAAGUAAACAAGGCAUCGCUUGAUUUACUGUCCAAAUACUGUAGCGAAUUUCUAAUACACGCUGCGGAUGUGGAGGGGCUUUGUCAGGGAAUCGACGAAGCUUUGGUGACGAGGUUGGGCGAGUGGUCAACUAUUCCCGUGACUUAUGCAGGUGGCGCUCGAGACAUAUCAGAUCUAGACCUUGUGGAGCGCCUGUCGCAUGGUCGUGUCGAUUUAACUUUUGGCAGUUCCUUGGACAUAUUUGGUGGAACGCAAGUCUCGUUUGCGGAGUUGGUAGAGUAUAACAACUCGCGGCUGAAUGAGUAA